AGAGCAAAUGCAGGCAAAACCACCAUCCUCCAAAAGGUCUUGAAAUCUGAUAUAGAUAUGCUGGAAGUUUUUGAUGGGAAAGGAAACAAGGUAAAGUCCCAUCAGUGCUUCCAGUGUGGCUACCAUAGUAUUGAGCAUGAGCUAGUUUUUCAGGGAAACCCAGGUUUUGUAUUCCAUGACUCCUGUGGGUUCAAAGUGGGAACUGCACAGCAGUUUGACCAGAUGAAGAACUUUGUAGUUGACCAUGCAGCCAUGGCAAGGAGUGUGAAUAAGCAUAUCCAUGCUAUCUGGUACUGCAUCCCUAUGACUGAGAGCUGCAGGACAGUAAUUGCUGCUGAGGAGAAAUUCUUCAAUGAGUGUGACACAGGAUAUGUUCCUGUGAUAGUAUUGUUGACAAAAGUGGAUGCUUUGAACAUUGAUGCCAUUCAAGAACUUGAAGAUGAAGGCAUAGAAGUGACACAGGAAAAGGUUUCUGAAAAGGAAAGGGGAUUGUUGGAAAAGUGGCUUGCACAUAUAAAAAAUGAGCUUGAUAAGUGCAAAUUUCCACCUAGAGGAUAUUUGUCACUUCAGAAUAUGCAUCAAGAAAAUGCAGACUCCAGUGCUUUGAUGAAAUGCACAGCAGAUGUUUUGAAUGAGGAAGGUUUACAAAAGUUGCUUAUAUCAACACAACAGUCAAGCAUUGCACUGUGUGUUGUGUAUGCUGUACAGAAGUAA